AUGAAAAACAAACACAACCCUGACGAUACACGUGAAAUUAUUGAAAAACAUGUAUUUAGUAAAAUCGAAUGGCAAGAAAAUCUCACCAUCCUAGAUCUUAGCAACAGAGGUAUAUCAGAUUUUGAUGAAAAUAUAAAUUUACCAGAGAAUCUGGCUGUCUUAAAUUUGGCAAACAACCAGCUACAAGGGGUACCUAUAACAGUGUUGAAACUAAAUAAGUUGAAGACACUUGAUUUAUCUUACAAUGAAAUUGAAUUAUUUAACGAAACACCCAAUUCCUAUCAUACUCUAGAAAGCUUAAAUUUAAAAAAUAAUAAAUUGGUAAUGCCACCUUCUUGGGUAUGGGUAGAAAAUGCAAAAAAAAUUGUUCAAUUAAAUUUAAGUUACAAUCACAAAAUCUGUCAAUCAUUGGUCAAGGAUUAUUUUGAAGAAUUGCUACAGUACACAACUCAAGUACGCAAAAUAGACUUACAGGGCUGUUGUUUAGGUAAGCACAUGAAAUUAAUGUCAACAUUUAAGCAUGCUCGAGUUGUGAAUUUAGGAAAUGAUAGUUAUAACUACCUGUGUGUAAACCAUAUAGAAUAUGUGCCGAGCAUUGGAUUAGAAGACUGCCAUGAAGUAGAGAUACUUAAUUUAUCUAACACUCACAUUUACAACAUAGAACAUAAUAUAGACAUAUAUCAGUGUUUAAAAGAAUUGAAUUUAUCUAAUAACAACAUAAACAGUUUACCAAAUGAAUUCUGCAAUUUGCUAAACAUGGAAAUAUGUGUAUUGUCAUAUAAUAAAAUUCUGUAUUUACCUGAAGACAUGCACAAACUAGUAAAAUUGACAAAACUUUACUUAAACAAUAAUGAAUUAUGCAUGUUACCUGAUACUCUAUGCAAACUGGAUAGUUUAAAAACACUAGAUCUAUACAUGAACCAUUUGUAUGAAGGUGUUGAUGAUAUAAAGAACUUAGAAGAAUAUGAUUUUGCACAAAAUUAUAACAACGAACCUGACAGUGAAAUAUAUUUGAAGAAAAAAGCACGGUUGCGACAAAACCAUCAUGAUAGACUUGAUGGCAGGGCUCCAGAGGUGGUGCAAGAAGGGAGUGAAUGCAGUGAACACGCCAAUAAUAUAGAUUAUUAUAGUGAAGAUGAUGCUCUUGAAGUAUCCCAAACAUCUCCUAUCAGCCGCAGCAGUACUCCAGAAGAUUGGGAUUCUGAUGACUUUUGGGUUCCUUCUCAUGUUGACUACUCCAGACAGUGGACAUCAAAAUACUACCAAGGUCCAAGCUCUUCAUCACCAAUGGCUAUGCAAUGGCUUGAUUAUGUCAAAAGAAAAAUGGAGGAAGGUAACUUCUGCCCCAUGGACAUGCAUCUAUCAAUCUCCAUUACAGAAAAAGUCAAAUAUGAGAAGAUGCAUAAUCCUAACCCUCAGUAUGAAUCAGAUGGACAAUUUGAUGAUUAUUCUGAUGAUGACAGCUGA